AUGCCUCCUCCGAUAUUACAUCACAUUCAAGCGGUACUCCCGCAGCACUGUGAACCGACAUCGCCCUUCCUCGCGGCCGUGUCCUCAUACCUCCACAUCUGUCUCCCUACCCCGUUAGCCUUUAUAUCCUCCGUGUUGGGCACACUCAGUAUCGUGUCAUGGCUAUUCGCUCAGCUACCACAAAUAUACAAGAACUACCAAAUACAGUCGACAGCCGGCUUGUCACUGUUCUUCCUCGUGGAGUGGUGUCUGGGUGACACUAGCAACCUUAUCGGGGCUCUGCUCACCCGACAAGCCGGCUGGCAGGUCAUCGUGGCUGGCUAUUACGUAUGUGUUGACGUGACUCUGGUCUUCCAGUACUUCUGGUACACACACUACAAGGGACGGUACGAUGGCUACGGUGCCCUCUCUCACACGGACUAUGACCAAACACCGGCCAGUGUCUUGGAAGGCGUCUCCUUCUCCGAGAACGACUCUUUCAGUCAUGCCCCACGUUCUACAGAGACUCCUACUCCGUCAAAUCCCAAGGAUAUGAAGGACAUCAAGGACCCUGCCGUGACCACCUUGAACGGACAAUCCCCAUCCUACUCCAAUGAGAAACUGAGCUCCUCAAAGCGCUCAAUCACUCGUUCCGGCAGUGGCCUCAGCCUUCCAAUGGGAUCCCCACGCACGCUCUUACUGGCAUCUAUGCUCUGCGCCGUCGUGGCCAAUGCCACCCCGACAGAGCAGCAAACGGCCUCUGAAUCCUCACAGCACACCCUCGAAAUCCUCGGCCGGAUCAUCUCCUGGAUGUCGACAUUCCUCUACCUCGGCUCCCGGCCACCCCAAUUAUACAAGAACUACUGCCGGAAGAGCACCUCAGGCCUCUCCCCCUUGCUCUUCAUGGCUGCCUUCUGCGGAAACCUCUUUUACUCCGCCUCCCUGCUUACCAACCCCAACGCCUGGUACGACUUUCCUCCCUACGGAGGCGGUGGCUGGGCCGACGCAGGCGGCAACAACCGCACUGAAUGGGUCGCCCUGGCUACUCCUUUCUUCCUAGGAGCCUUUGGUGUGCUAGCCUUUGACGGAAUGAUGGGCGUGCAGUUUCUCAUGUACGGAUCCCGGGACGAUGAGUCCAUCAUGCAAGUCGAGGACCCCAAAGACGGACGUGGUCAUUGGACCCGCGUUCGGGGCUGGAUGAGGGGCUGGAUCCCUUCUGUGUCCCCCGAGCGAGGAUUCCCCUCCGACGCCACUGACCCUGCACAGGAAAACCAAUCUCUCCUGCAGAACGAGCGUGGGAGAUACGGUACAGUUUGA